GUCUGUGCCACUGACAGGCCGAGCCACUCUGGGCCGACUCUGCACCGUCCGCUGACACUGCGCCGGUCCGCCGAAAUGUCAGCGCCGAGGCACCUGACAGCGCGUCACCCGGACUCGGCCAGUAUACUCUGAUUCAGCCGGACUCGCUAGCUCAGUCAGGCACGACCGCACGACUGGUUCACUAGGGUUCAGACGUCCUGUGAUGGUGCGAGCUCCGGGUGUAGUUAUUCUGCUCUGCUCUCUCAUCGCCACCUGUCUGGGACAGGUGCUGUGGUUUGGAGGCGGGGGAGUCGGUGGCAGCCGUGAUGCAGAGAUGCUGCCUCCAAGUUUUCCGAGGCAGGGAGGUGGACCCGGAGGAUCGUACCGUCCCAAAAGAGACUACGGUAGCAGCCCGCCGCCGCCGGCACCCAGGAGGGCGCCGCGGCCCUCCCCUGCGGCGGCGGAGGGCAGCCAGACCGGCCGAGGGAGGGCCGCUGGGGACAGCCGUCCUGCCUUCUUCGGGGACGCCGAGGGAGGUGGAAGACCAGCUGCAGGGAGAGGUGGAGAUGCUGCUGUCACAGUCGGCGCACAGGGACGAAAUACUGUCGUGAUCAGACAAAAUAGAGGCAGUGUUCCUGUUCACACAGCUGCAAAAAGGAUUCCAGUCGUCCAGGGAAGUGGCGGAAGGGUUCCAGUUUCAGGCCGUAGAAGAGUUCCUGCAUUCGUUAUAAGGAAUGGAAGACGUAUUCCGGUUAUUGUUCGGAGAACAGAAGGAAAGAUUCCAGUUAUCAUACAGAGCGGAGCUCCGGAGCCCGACGGAGGUGUCGAUGACUCUCACAAUCGCCGAGAGGGGGACGGAGAAGACAGGGCGGCUCGCCGGCCCGGGACCACCGGCAGUGGCGCCGUCGACCGAGGGCCAGUCACAGGUCAGAGCGGCAGUGGAUCCUCCGGUAGAAGGGUCAGCACCAAACCGCCCGUGGCGAAGAGAAAGGUCGGUGAACCCACAGUGGCCAGACGGAGAGCUGCUGAUAGGGACGCUGCUACGAAGCCCGCUAAACAUGCGGCUGGAGCUCGAACACCAACUGUGGUGGUCAGACGCGUGCAGCGGCGCCGACCCGUGGUGGUGAGGAGGCGCUUCAUACAGAUCCCCUUCUACGUGGGCCGCCGCCGGAGGUCCCGGCGAACCCCAGCGUCUGGUGCCGGCGGUAAAGGCUCGUCCCCGUCCAGCUCCACGCCGGGGGCGGGUCGGGCCGCUCCGACUCCGGCCGGUCGCAGGGUGUACCCGGUGGUGGUGCGCGCCGUCCCAGGAGGGGUGGUGCGCCGCCAGGGCUACUUUCCCUCGGUGAGCGCCAGCCGAGGGCGCAGCAGCAGCUCCCGCGGCAGCCCAGGGUCCGGCGUAGACGACGGAUUGGUGGAGAAGAAGGAGGCGGUGGUCAGCACAGGAGGCGGCCGUUCCACGGCUGGCGGGCCUGCCGGCAAUAGGGGCAGCGGGGGCCUCUCGGGCCCGCGGGGCGUCUACCGCGGCAGCUACCCGCAGUACCUGGCUGGGGUCGGCGGCACAGAGAAGGGCGACCGGUCACCUGGCGCCAGCGGCACCUCCGGUUCAGGAGACUCCGGUAAACGAGCGUCCGUCCGUCACCUUGUGACUCUGACGAAACAGCUGGCUGCACGACAGCACAGUGCACCACGGCGGCCGUCACAGCGCCGAGCAACUGAAGUGAUGCGACAAACCGGUGCACCGCGGCGGACCGGUGCACGAAGCGCUCGACCGGCAAAAUGGCGGCGAGUGUUGCGGCUAGAAUAGUUGUUUCCUUGUUUUUUUUUUUUUUGUCAUUGUUUUAUUUUACAGACCGGAGUGAAGUGAACUGUGGAGUAGCGCCAGCAGUCAAACAGGAGUGAAACCUGACCUGCGCCCAUGUGUCAGGCUGUCAAGUUUGACAGAAAGCCCGCAGGAGCCGCAGUGGUUUCCAGGCCUCACUCGAGCGUUGGAGGCCCUCCUCGCUGGCCUGCCAUAGUGUCGAAGGCUCCAUAGGCGGUCGCCCGUCUCCGCUGGAAGCUUUCAUUGGAACAGGAGCUCUUUGGACGGGUGCCCGCGUCCCGGAGCGCUUUGGGACGGCGGCGGCGGACGGCUGGCCCCCGCUGUGAAUUGUGCUUGUUUGCUUGUUCACCAAUGAGAAGUCGCGCGCCGCGUGCGAUAUAAGUGAAUGGUGGAUUAUGGGAUACCACAGAUAAGUGUGUCGGUUAAAUAGAAUAAUAUCGCCUCAUCGCGUUAAGAAACUAAAAAUGUCAGGCAUUGGAAGAUGAAUGCAAUUCAUUGCUCUCAAACUUCAUUAUCUGAUGCUGUCAUUUUGAAAUGUUAUCGAUAAAAUAUUUGACAACAACGCUGGAAGAGCUAAAUGCCCAUUUCUCGUUUACCUUAUGCCGAUGUAUGUUUUUUAGCCUAAGCAGGUGAUUUUGGUACUGCUCAAUGCCCGCUGCUGCUCUGUGUUGUAGGUAUUUGAAAAACAUUUUCGGCCCUAGUGCAUUUUUUCAACCAACGUGGAGGUCUUCGUAAAAAAAUAUUCGUUAAUGCAGUGGUUCAAAUUCAGCGAUUAUUUCAUCGUUACCGGUGUCCGGUAAAUACAACAGCAGUUCGGUAAUACAUAAGUGUCAUGUCAGAGCAAGCAUCACAGAUAAUUUUAAAAUAAACGUUUUGUUUGCA